AUGCUGAAGAGCUUAGGUAAUAAUCGCAUAAUUGCUAUGGGGGAAGGUUCGGGAGUGAAGAAAAGGAAUAAUAACACUGAAUCUGAUAAGGAAGCAGAAUUUCCUGAGCCAAACGUAUGGAAUUCGUUCGACCCUAAAUCACUGCAACAGAAUGAUAAGAAGCUGAGAGGAUAUGGUCAUGAAACUGAAAAGUGCAGCGUUCCAGUUAAGAAGGUAUGGCAACAAAGAUUGCCAGAACAAGUGGAAGAGAGACAACCAUUGAAGGAUAAGCAGCUAGAGAAAGAGGGAGAAGGAAAACAGAACCAACAAAACAGGCCUAUGACAGUGACUAUACCUAAAAGGCAGGAAGCAAACAGUAAGAAUUGUAUAAGAUCACCUCAGAAAAGUGACAGGCAGGAAGUCAACAAUAGCCCUGGUUCCAGUCAAGGAAUAAUGGAGGAUGGAGUGCAAAUUCUGAAUCAGAAAGGCAUCAGGAUAGCUGAAGGAAGGAGACUUAGCAGUCCCCUGAAACAUAGGGAAAUCACUAAUUUCCUCUAUGUUAAUAAGGUUGGGAUGGCAGGAUUGAUUGAGACCAAGCUAAAUGGUGAAAAUGUUGAGCAGUUAAUGGCAAGAAAAUGGACCAAUUUUGAUUAUAUCAGCAAUCAUCAGAAUCAAGAGAAAUGCAGGAUACUGUUGAUAUGGAAGAAAGGAGAUUCAGGGCAGAAAUCAACUUUGGCAGGAGCUGGUGGACUUAGCCAAAGGAAUACAUCAGCCUUGGAUAAUGAUGGGUGA